AUGUCACAAAUUCCCGACGAUGCCAGCAGUAUGAGUGAUGAUGUCUUUGAGGACCCCGAAACUACACAGCGACGUGUAGAGGAGUCCAGGCGUCGUAAAGAUUAUGCCAAUACGGAGUAUAGUUUAACAAGGGGGUCGGGUUAUUAUGGCGAUGGAGCUUUGGCAUCAUCGGAAUAUUGUCGUUCACAAACGCCCAGCGGCUAUCCGGGCUAUAGGCCACCGCGUGAAGCUUUACAAAUGUAUGCCUUAGAGGAUGCUGGCUAUACAAUAGAUGAUUAUGAUGAUGGUUGGCGUUCCUAUCAUUACGAUGAGGUGGGAAUGCCAUCACAUUUGACGCAUCAACAUUUACCACCAUUCGAUGAUACGGUUAAUCAUAAGACUAUAUUGCUGGGAGAUUCUGGAGUUGGUAAAACUUCAUUUCUGGUUAAAUACAAUACAGGAGAAUUUCGUUUGGGUUCAUUUUCUGCUACAGUGGGCAUAGCAUUAACGAAUAAAGUGGUGGUGGUCGAUGGUACAAGGGUUAAAUUACAAAUUUGGGAUACGGCUGGCCAAGAACGUUUUCGUAGUGUUACCCAUGCCUACUACAGAGAUGCUCAUGCUUUACUUUUAUUAUACGAUGUUACCAAUAAAACCACAUACGAUAAUAUACGGGCCUGGUUGUGCGAAAUUCGAGAUUGUGCUCAAGAAGACGUGGUCAUUGUACUCAUAGGCAACAAAUCAGAUUGUAGCAGCAGUGAAAGGCAGGUGAAACGAGAGGAUGGUGAACGUUUGGCACGUGAACACAAUGUACCGUUCAUGGAAACCUCUGCAAAAACAGGAUUAAAUGUGGAAUUGGCAUUUCAAACAGUUGCUAGACAAUUAAAGAAUCGUGGCUAUGAAAAUGGUGAUGAUGGCAAAUUUAAUGUUCAUGAAUUUGUGCGAGAUAAUACAAAAGCAAAAAGUAUAUGUGCUCAGUGUUCGUUUUAAAUAUUUUUUUUUUUUUCUUUAAACAAUAAUAAAUUUUAAAACACACAAUAUUUAUUUAUUUUAAAAUAAGAAAAAAAAGAAGAUGGAAAAAAAUAAAAGUAUUUUGUUGGGGGAACAAGAAGUUACACUUCAAUUAGGUUUCCUUGUAACAAUAAUAAAUUCUCUAUUCCCAGACCUGGAACAAACAACAAUAACAACUGAAAACGCGUGUUUAUUUUAUGUUAUUUUUACAUUAAUUUUAAAAUAUAAAUCAUUUAUAGAACCUUAAGUUAUAUUUCAUAUAUUUGUUGUUGUUGUUUUUAAAAAAUCUUCCUCCCAGAGAAUUUUGUAAUUUAUAGAAAAGUUAUUUAUAUUGAAAUGUUUGGAUUUGAUGCUGAGAAGAAGGUGCUUUUAGUCUGAAAAGCAACAAUUUAUUUUAAUUUUUUGUGUUUGUAAGGAACAUGAAUAAAAACAUUUGUAUAUUUUCAAACUCAUAACAGUUAAUUUUACAAUUAUGUUAAUUGGUUUUUUAGAAUUUGCCAGAAUUACUUUGUAAACAAAUGUUAUGUUUUUGUAAAAUUCAUUUUGUUAAAUGUAAAAGAUUAAUGGUUAUAUGUACUAAAUAGGAAACAUAUAUUUUAAAUGUCUAUAAAUUAAAGAUUAAAUAAGUUUAAGUUGCAACCUUAGGUUUGAGUUAAUUUAUAUAAAAAAGAGUUGCCAGAUGGUUGAGUUUUUUGAAUUUUAAAGUAAUUAUUUGGAAAAUUUGUUUGUAGAAACUGGAAAUAAUAUUAAUUUUGUUUAUGAAACUUUAAAACAAUUGUUCUAUUCACAAUUGGUGUCGUAUUGUUGUAAGUAUUUAAUAUGGAAGUUUAGCCUUAGAUUCUCGUUGAGCAAAUUCCGAGAACAGAUUUGGAUUUAGAGUUCAAUACUUUAAUCAGUGAGUUAAGAAUUUGCUGGCGUAUGUUAUCAUCAGAUCAGUGUUAAGUCAGUGGCAAGCGGGUUCAGAUGAACAUGUAAUUUUGACAAAUUUCUACGCUUCACGAGUUUUUUGGAAUACAAUAUUGACCAAAGCUACAUAUAAGUCUAUGUUGAUGUUUUCAUUUCGUAUAUACAAUCGAGAUUCCUUCAUGGUUCUAUGAAUUUUGGAUUGAUCCCUCUAUAUACAUAAGAUCUAUACUGGCAUUUUGAUUGAUGGUCGGUUAACCAGUGUUAAUUAAAAACGUUAAGUUUUAGGUGGAGCUAAGAAGACGCACAUCCAAGUGUAAACCAUGGAAUGUAACAUGACCAGACUGUGGAAUAUUUAGAUUGUUAUGUGUCACUGGUGGGCAACUUCCUCUACCAUGUUUACUCUUGAGAUUAAUAUCUUUUUUUUUAUGGAAUUUUGUAAACAAUGAACAGCUGUUGCAUUCAACUAUUGUGAAUGAAUUGUUCACAGCAAGUUCACAAUAGGAAUUUUCCCUUUGAGAGGAAUGAAAAUUUCAUGAGAACAAAAAUUUCACUUCCUGGCGAUAGGAGUGAAUAUUCUAGACUGCUAAAUUUGACACCACACGAGAAGAAAGAAUGACAGUGUUAUCUCCAAGGUUUAAAAUGGGCAAUUCAUUGGGCAUUGAAAAACUACAGUUGUUUAUUAGAUAUUGGUCUUGGGUAACAUUAAAAAUUGUUUCAGAAUAAUACUGUUUUAGUUCCAUAUCAUUUUUAAUCUCUCCAUCUAAGCGGUUAACUUGUUCAAUUGUUCCCUAAUGUUCACGGAAUCCGAGUUAAUGAUAUAGAACGAUGUGCUACUUUCCCAAGUAUCACUAAGAUAUAUACAGUAAGUGUAGCUUGGGUACAAUUUCCAGAUCUUCAGAUCAUGUCUAAUGCAGUCUCCGACGACAUGCUCAAUCAUACAACUGGGAUACUUCGUUUUCGUUAACAUUACAUGGAGAAGUAUCUAAUAAGAUUUCCAUCAAUAAAUCAAGACAUUCAAAAAUCCUGGUAAAGAAGGAAAAUUCACCAAUGAGACAUAAAUAAGAUACCGUACAUUCCUCACUAUUCAUAUUCAUCCGAUUAUUUAAGAGAAAAUAUCCGUCACAUUCACACUCUGACCUCUGUUGUUUCGACAACAGCACCUAGAGACGUAUUUGUUAGAGCGAAGUACAUGGUAUUUACUCUCCCUAAAACGUACCUUGACAAAGAAGGGAAUUUCGCCACUGUUACGUGAUACCAUACAACCAUAAGCCUUCAACUUAUCACAUCCGAUACAUUUUAAAGAAAAAAUUCAACACAUUCAUACAAGCCCCACCGAGAUCUGAGAUGUUCUGUUGUAUCGACAAUACCACGAACAGAGUUCAAUCAAUUCUUAAAUCAACAUUCUCUUAGCGCGGUUUCAAUUCAACCACAACGCGAGUUCCGCAUUAUGCUCUCUAAUAACCAGCACAAUACACUGUCUACAACAAUACCCUGUGGGUCAACGGUUUCCAUGGUAACGGACCUCUAGUUCCUGUACCUCUUUCCAUCAGUAAUGCAAUAACACUAAGGAGAAGACGAACAUCCAAAAUGACUUGUCUCAGGGCAAAAUAUCGAAAAGCUCUUGAGUCAAUAUCUCAUUAACAAAUACUGCGAGCUGAUAACCAGGAAAUUAUUUACCCAACAAAACAUGUUGUACUUACUCAACAACUUACUUUUCAAUGACUACCGUCUGCAUUACUUAGUUAUUACUUACAAAUAAUAUAUUAUGUAAGUACAUACUUUCUAGCCUUGAUAUAUUGUUUUAAAACUUUGUUUUUAACACAAAGGAAAAACAUUUUUUUGUGAAAACAAAUAAUAGAAGAUGUGGACGUAUCCUUGCUGGAAAUUUGUUUUUUCUCAGAAACAAAACUACUUACUUAACUCCUUAUUUGCAAGCGAUCGUAGUAAGUACUUACCUAACUCCCUAUUUGUAAGAAAGCGAAGUAAGUAUAUAUAAUGUCAUCAUCGUGAUAAAAUAAUGACUUAAAUUCAAUGUAAGUUUUGCUGGGUAGGUUAAGGUUAGCUCGGUUCAGAAUCUGUUUCUGUACUUUAAAUAUAAUAUUAAUUCUAAAAAAUUGCAAAAUUUUACAACAUACAACGACAUACGACUGCAAUUGUGAAUGGCAUAAUUCUAUGGCUAUAAAGAACAAAUAACUAAUUUCUUGAGAUAAGUAAUUUUUCCUUGUUGUCACAUAAUAUUUUUUCCAAUAAAUUUCCUGCAUUUUAACAAUAACAAAAAACCUAUAUUGCACAAUGUAUAAUCAGUUAAAGAAUUUAUUUUUUAAUAAAAAGCUAUAAAAAUAUACACAAAAAAUAUAUUUUUUUUAACAACAAAUAAAACCAAAAAAAAGGAGUUUAAUAACAGGAAAUAGUGGGAAAACAAUAAAAAUAGUAGCAAAAGCCAAGUAACAACAAAUAUAUAGAACGAAUAUUUGACAUUUUUGUAAAAAACAAUAACCAAAUUGUAAAACUAUUUGUAACAAGUAAAGUAAAGCAUGGUAAAAAAACUCCACAAAAUAAUAACUAAAAAAAUAUAGAACCAAAAUAUAUAUAUA